AUGGGUAAUGCAGGUAGCAAUCAGCCUAAAGAAUGGCAUAAGGAUCAAUUAAGCAAGCAAAACGAGACUGGGCCAUCAUCGCCUACUAAAGAAGGUGAGGCAUUCACAUUUGACAAGAAAAUAGACGAUGACCGUGUUGGACGAGACGAUGACAGUAAUAUUGAGGACGAUGCUCCGUAUUUUACCAAGGCCGUUCCUGAACAUGACGUUGAAGAACCAAUAACUCGACAACGGUCCAACACCUUAACCGAUAGUAGUAAAAGUAUUGAAGAUGUACAAGUAUUACCAACAGUAUUCAAAUGGGAGGGUGGAGGCAAACAGGUUUACAUUAGUGGUACAUUUACUGAAUGGAAGACAAUACCAAUGGUCAAGUCUCAUGGAGAUUUUGUAACUAUUAUUGAUUUACCUGAAGGUGAGCAUCAGUAUAAAUAUUUCGUAGAUGGGGAAUGGCGACACGAUCCUACUGUAAAAGUUGUGGAUAAUGGAAUGGGAUCUAAAAACAACUUAGUCACUGUAAAAAUGUCGGAUUUUGAAGUAUUUCAAGCUCUUGCAAAAGAUAGUGAAGGUGUACAUAGUUCUGCUCAAACAGAAUAUUCUCAGGAAAUCCCACAAUCUAAACCAUGGGAAAAAGUAUCUGGACCUCCGAUACUCCCACCACACUUACUGCAGGUUAUUUUAAAUAAAGACACACCUUUAUCGUGCGAGCCGACACUUUUACCAGAGCCAAACCAUGUCAUGUUGAAUCAUUUGUAUGCAUUAUCAAUCAAAGAUGGUGUUAUGGUAUUAUCGGCUACACAUAGACACAGGAAGAAGUAUGUCACAACAUUGCUGUACAAGCCCAUUUAA